UUGUGCUGUUGUGUGCUGUUGUGUUGUGUGUUUUUACUGUGGUGGGUAUUAAAGCAAUGGCCUUUCUAAAUGGACCCAGAUUACUGGACUGGGCGAACUCCCCCCCUCACCUGCAGUUUAACAGAUAUGUGCUGACCGGUUACAGACCCAUUUCAUCAGUGCAGGACUGCAUCAGGAGCCUGUUCUACCUGCACAAUGAGCUGGGCAACAUCUACACACACGGUAUUCCUCUGCUGUGUUUCCUGGUGCUGCUGCCUCUCAACAUGCCCUGGGCUCAGAUCAGUGUGACGUGGCUGGGCGUGGUCCACUUCCUGGCCUGUCUGUCCCCUCAGCUGGGCUCCGUCCUCUAUCACCUGUUCAUGAACCACGAGGGUGGAGAACCUGUUUACAAAACGCUGCUCACCUUAGAUAUGUGCGGCAUCUGCAUGAUUACUACGCUGGGCGCUCUGCCCAUCGUCUACACCACGCUGCUGUGUUACCCGUGGCUGCGUGCCAGCGCCCUGCUGUCCUACAUCGGACUCUCCAGCUACGCCAUCUACUGCGCGGUGACGGCGCGGAGCCGGGUGCGCCGCCUGCGCUCCUUCGUGGGACAGGCGCUCUUCCGCUUCACCUUCCUGGUGCUGCGCUGGCUGGGCGUGGGCGGCGGAAGCCCCACGUCGCUGCGCUUCUUCCUCACCAUGGAGGGCCUGGCGAUGGUGGGCGGGGUCAUAAACAUCGCCCGCGUGCCCGAGCGCUUCUGCCCGGGCCGCUUCGACUUCUGGUGCAACAGCCACCAGAUCAUGCACGUGCUGGUGGUGUUCUCCAUCCUGUCGCUGCACUGGGGCGUGCUGGACGACCUGCUCUGGAUCAACAUGUACGACUGUCCGGACUACUGA